AUGUAUUUGUUAAUAAUUAAUCUUCUCUUAUUUACAUCAUUAUUUCAUUUUAUACAAAAUGAAUUUGAAAUAAUUGAUAAAAUUCUUCUCACAACAGUCAAAUAUUCACAACGAAAUAUAAAUAUUUAUAAAUCAACAAAAAAUUCAAUUUAUGAACCAAAAACUUGGAAAUUUUGGUAUGAUCCUUUAAUUAUUUUUAAUUCAACUAAAGAUAUUUAUCAUUUUAAUCAACAAAUUUUUCUUCAAUUUCUUUCAACUUCAUCACAAUUUGAUGAAUUUAUUCGACAAUCUAUUAUUAUUCAAAUGCAUCCUAAUGUUAAAAGAUUUGUACUUUUUUGGUUAAUUAAACCAUUACCUAUUCAUACAUUAAUUAUUUAUAUUAUUCAUCCAAAAACAUUUCUUCCAAUUUCAUCUGUUUAUCCUUGUAUUCAAUUUAAUAUUUCAAAUAAUUUUCCUAUUAAAUGUCAAUUUUAUUGUUCAUCAAUUAAUCUUACAUAUUUCAUAUUACAACAAAUUUUAUGUGGAAAAAUUAAAUUACAAUUUCAAUAUUAUAUUUCUAAAUCAUCACAUCUAAUCAUAACACAUUCAAAUUUAAAUUAUUUAAGAACAAAUUUAAAUUAUGGAAAAUAUCUUCAUCAAAAACAACAAAAUGAAUUUAUUGAAAAAUAUUUUCAACGACUUCAAUUUAUUGAUAAAACCAUCAAUAAAACUUAUUUUAUUACUCUUUUUCAUUCUAUUUUUAAUCAAACAAAACAUUUUUAUGUUACUCAUAUUUUCAAUUUAAAAUAUUUUGAAUUUAUUAUUAAUCAUCAAUUAUUUUAUACAAAUUUUAUUAAUAAAACAAAUGUUUUAUUUCAUCUUAAAACUACAAGAAAAUCUCCAUGGAUAUUAAUAUCAAAUACAAAACAAACAUUUAAUAUUGAUGAAAUACAACAAAUGCUUUUUAAUCAACUUCAAAUCAAAGCUCAAUGGUCAAAUAAAGAAAAACAAUGGAAAAUAUAUUCAUUACUUGUUUAUUCAUUAUCUGAUAUUUUAGAUGAACUUCAAUUAAUUUUAUUAAUAAAACAAUUUCAAAUUGAUCAAAUAAAUUCUCAAAUUCAUCAAACAAUUGAUUGUAAUUAUUGGUCAACUAUUUGUAUAUGUCAAUCAACAAUAUCUGCAUUAGUUUUUACAUCAAAUUAUCAAUUUAUUCGAAUAAAAAAUAUUAAUAUGGAUUUUUCAACAAGUGGUUUUACAUUUGAAUUUUGGAUAAAAUCUGCUACUAAUAUUAAUAUUAUUCAAAAAUCAAUACAAAUUAUUAAUUUUCGAAAGGAAUUUUUAUUAAUUAUUGAUAAAACAGGUCAAAUAAGAAUUUCAUUUCAAAAUCAAAUACAACAAUUAUUAAAGAUAAAAACAUCAAUGAUUUUACCAUUACAUCAAUGGAUUUAUAUCUCAUGUGUUUAUUUACCAAAUGAAAAACAAUUACAAUUGUAUUUAAAUGGACAAUGGAUGUUAAAUGAAAGAUUUAUUGUUCAAAGUCAUCCAUCAUUUGAUGAAAUUAUUAUUGGUCAAGGAUUUUUUGGUGCUGUAAGAGAUGUAAGACUUUGGAUGUGUCCAAAUUUACCCACAAAUAUUCUUCAUUUUAUGCAAAUGACAAAUUUAACAGGUAAUGAACGAUGUUUAAUUGAUCUUUGGCCUAUGACUGAAGGUGAUGGACAAUAUAUCUCAGAUUUAAUUAUUAACAAAACUCGUCAUCCAGGAACAUUAGGUAUUGAUGAUCAACCCGAUUUAUUCACAGAUCCUAUCUGGACAUAUCUUAUAUCAUCAUCACCAUCAUCACCACGGAUGUUAUCUUAUCAAAUCUAUCGACAAAAUCUCAUUCAACCAAUCAUUUUACAAUGGGGAUCAAUCUUUGAUAUUCCAAUUCCUGCUGAUUAUGAUGGUGAUGGUUUUGCUGAUUUUGCUGUUUAUCGUCAGACAAGCAUGACUUGGAUAAUUUCAUCAAGUAAUGAUCCUAAUGUACUCAUUAGUAAACGUUGGGGAUUGUCUGGUGAUAUUCCAGUUCAAUGUGAUUUCGAUGGAGAUCAUUUGUUUGAUUAUACUCUCUUUCGUCCAUCAACAACACAAUGGAUAUCGUAUUUAAGUAGUAAUCCAUCUUUUCAUUUUGUUCAUCAAUGGGGUCAACCAGAUGAUCUUCCAUGUGCUGGUGAUUACAAUGGAGAUGGUAAAACAGAUUUUUGUGUUUAUCGUAAAGGUGCUUUUUACAUCAAUCCAUCGAAUGAUCCAACUGUACAAUGGACUAAACAAUGGGGUCAACCAGGAGAUGUUCCUCUUUCGAACUGUGACUUUGAUGCAGAUGGCAAAACAGAUUUCACUGUUUGGACAUCGAGUAAUACCAUAUGGUCAUGGAUACCAAGUAACAAUUCUCAUCUCAUCUAUCAAUAUCAGUGGGGUUUCCCUUAUGAGACACCGUUUUGUGCAGAUUUUGAUGGUGAUCAUCGAACAGAUUUCGGUAUCUAUCGACGUGAGACAGGCGAAUGGUUUAUCAUGCCUUAUAACAUCUCAUCGUUUCUCAUUACAUUUCAAUGGGGUCAUCCAACAGAUAUACCUGUAGCAGGUGAUUAUGAUGGCGAUGGAAAAGGUGAUUUUGCUUUGUGGAGACCGAGAGUCAAUCGCACAUAUGUUUGGGAAAUUAUUCCAAGUCGAAUGCCCAAUGUUAUCAUUCGUAAGGCUUGGGGUUUCGAAGGAGAUGAUGCCGCUGAUGGAGACUUUGAUGGAGACAAACGAUCUGAUCUAGCUGUUUUUCGACGAAGUACUGGAUUUUGGUAUACAUUGAUGCUCGGAGGAGGUGGCAUACAACAAACAAAACAUUGGGGAUUCACAAAGAAUGACACAUCUUUGGCUGCAGAUUGGAAUGGAGAUUUGAUUAAUGACUUUACUAUCUAUGAGCCAUCGAGUGGUGUCUGGUACAUCAUGUUAUCCAGAAAUCCUGUGCUACAAAUCACCAUGCAAUGGGGUGUUCCACAAUUUCAUGAUCUGGCAGCACCUGGUGAUUUUGAUGGUGAUGGCAAGUUCGAUUUCACUGUUUGGCGUCCAGCAACUGGUAUGUGGUUUAUUUUACCUUCACAGAAUCCUGCACAUAUCAUCAUAUAUCAAUGGGGUUUACCCGAUGAUAUUCCAGUUCCAGGAUCAGAUUUUGAUGGUGAUGGAAAAACAGAUAUUGCUGUAUGGCGACCCUCAACUGGCUCUUGGUUUAUUGUACCCUCAUCGAAUCCAACCUUUCCUUACCAUACUAGUACUAAUAUUCGACAACCUCUUCGACCAUUACCACAAAAUCUUUCCCAUCCAAACUCUGAUGGAACAUGA